AUGGAGCUCCGGAGCACCCAGGAAGAGGAGAACCGGCAGCUGCUGGCCGAGGUGCAGGCGCUGAGCCGGGAGAACCGGGAGCUCCUGGAGCGCAGCCUGGAGAGCCGGGACCACCUGCACCGCGAGCAGCGCGAGUACCUGGACCAGCUGAAUGCCUUGCGCCGGGAGAAGCAGAAGCUGGUGGAGAAAAUCAUGGACCAGUACCGCGUGCUGGAGCCUGGGCCCCUGCCCCGGACCAAGAAGGGCAGCUGGCUGGCAGACAAGGUGAAGAGGCUGAUGCGGCCCCGGCGGGAGGGGGGCCCCCAUGGGGGGCUGCGCCUGGGGGCCGAUGGGGCUGGCAGCACCGAGAGCCUGGGGGCCCCCCCAGAGACGGAGCUCCCCGAGGGCAGGGAGGCAGAUGGGACAGGGUCCCCCUCACCGGCACCCAUGCGCCGGGCACAGAGCUCCCUGUGUCUGCGGGAUGAGACACUGGCGGGUGGGCAGCGGCGGAAACUCAGCUCUAGAUUCCCCAUGGGGCGAAGCUCUGAGUCAUUCAGUCCUGGGGACACCCCCCGGCAGCGAUUCCGACAGCGGCGCCCAGGGCCCCUGGGGGCACCCAGCUCCCAUGGCAAAGGACCUGGUGUGGGAUGGGGCGGCUCCAUCGAGACCCUGGCGGAACACGAAGCAGAUGCCAACAGAGAGAGCCUCGAGGUGCAGGACCCGGAGAAGCGAGCUCUCGCCCCUUCCCUCAGCCAGUGA